GAAGUAGACUGCGUAGCGCUUUCUACGCCAUAGCCGCUUCUCCUGUGAGGUAACUAACUUCGCCGCUGUUCUGGUCGAGAAGGCCAAAUAGCAAAAGCAUCAUGUUGCGACUGCCAGCCGUCGGUCGAGCUCUAUCCGGAGCUGCAAAGAGCAGCCUGACUCCUUCAGCACCUGUGCGCACUCCUGUACGGGCUGCCAGCAACAUGGUGGAAGUGUUUGUGGAUGGGAAACCUUUAGAGGUGGAGCCUGGAACCACAGUGCUGCAGGCUUGUGAGAAAGCAGGAGUUCAGAUCCCGAGGUUCUGUUACCAUGAGCGUCUCUCAGUUGCGGGAAACUGUCGGAUGUGUCUUGUGGAGAUUGAGAAAGCCCCAAAGCCAGUGGCAGCCUGUGCCAUGCCUGUCAUGAAAGGUUGGAACAUCCUUACAAACUCGGAAAAAACACGCAAAGCCAGAGAGGGAGUGAUGGAGUUUCUGCUGGCAAACCAUCCACUGGACUGCCCCAUUUGUGAUCAGGGUGGAGAGUGUGACCUUCAGGACCAGUCCAUGCAGUUUGGUUCGGAUCGCAGCCGCUUCACAGAAGGAAAGAGAGCAGUGGAAGACAAAAACAUCGGACCUCUUAUCAAGACCAUCAUGACGCGCUGUAUCCAGUGCACACGCUGCGUCCGUUUUGCCAGCGAGAUCGCAGGAGUCGAAGACCUGGGCACGACAGGAAGAGGAAACGACCUCCAGAUCGGGACUUAUGUAGAGAAGAUGUUUAUGUCAGAGCUGUCAGGAAACGUCAUAGACGUGUGUCCCGUUGGGGCGCUCACUUCCAAACCCUACGCGUUCACCGCCAGACCGUGGGAAACCAGGAAAACCGAGUCAAUCGACGUGUUAGACGCUGUGGGCAGCAAUAUUGUGGUGAGCACUAGAGGAGGGGAGGUGAUGAGGGUAAUGCCCAGACUGCAUGAAGAUAUUAAUGAAGAAUGGAUCUCUGAUAAGACCAGGUUUGCUUACGAUGGGUUAAAGAGGCAGCGGCUGACCCAACCAAUGGUGAAGGAUGAAUCAGGUCAGCUAACACCAACCAGCUGGGAGGAUGCUCUCACCCGUGUUGCAGGAGCUCUCCAGAGCGUGCAGGGCAACGAUGUCGCAGCCAUCGUAGGGGGGAUGGCCGACGCAGAAGCUUUGGUUUCCCUCAAAGAUCUCCUCAACAGACUCAAUUCGGAGAACCUCUGCACUGAAGAGGUUUUCCCCAUGGCAGGUGCAGGGACCGACUUGCGUUCCAACUACUUGCUAAACACCCGCAUCGCCGGCAUCGAAGAGUGUGAUCUCCUUCUGCUCGUAGGAACAAACCCCCGUUAUGAGGCUCCGCUGUUCAACGCCAGGAUCCGCAAGAGCUGGCUUCACAAUGAGCUGCGUGUCGCCAUGGUGGGUCACCAGGUUGAUCUGACGUACACAUAUGAGCACCUGGGAGAGGAGAGUUCAGUGCUGAAGGAGCUGGCCAAUGGCACGCAUCCUUUCAACCAGGUCCUUGCAGCUGCAAAGCGUCCUGUGGUGGUUGUUGGAAGCAGCGCGCUGCAGAGAGAAGACGGAGCGGCCAUCCUGAGCGCCGUCUCCACCAUCGCUCAGAACGCCAGAACCAGCAGUGGGGUGGAGGACGGUUGGAAGGUUCUCAAUGUCCUGCACAGAGUGGCUAGUCAGGUAGCUGCCUUAGAUCUAGGCUACAAGGCCGGCGUUGAAGCAAUCAGGAAGAAUCCACCCAAAGUCCUGUUGCUGCUCGGAGCUGAUGCUGGCUGCAUCACCAGAGCCGACCUGCCUAAGGACUGCCUCGUCAUCUACCAAGGUCAUCAUGGGGACAUGGGAGCCCCUAUGGCAGACAUCAUCCUACCCGGUGCUGCAUACACGGAGAAAAACGGUACCUACGUCAACACUGAGGGCAGGAGCCAGCACACCAGGCUGGCUGUCACUCCACCAGGGAUGGCCAGAGAUGAUUGGAAGAUCAUCAGAGCUGUAUCUGAGUUGGCAGGUGUAACGCUGCCCUACGACUCACUGGAUGAGGUCCGAUCAAGGCUGGCAGAGGUCUCUCCUAACCUGGUUCGUUACGAUGAUGUAGAGGAGGCAAACUACUUCAAACAGGCCAAUGAACUCGCACAGACUGUAAAUCAAGGCCUCAUUGCUGCUCCUCUUGUCCCGCCUCAAAUCACCGCCAAGGACUUCUACAUGACCGACUCCAUCAGCAGAGCUUCCCAAACCAUGGCUAAGUGUGUCAAAGCUCUCACAGAGGGAGCUGCUGCCGUUGACGAACCGUCUGUUUGCUAAAGAGCCCGACAGUAACAACUCCUCCAGCUGUCCUCAAACACAACGCGAGUCUCGGAAUGAACUCAUUGCUCUAUAAUUUAAACUGUUCCUGUUGCUUCUUGUAUACUUUGAAUUGUUUCACUCUGCGAAGCAGCUUUGUUGAAUAUUGCUGAAAAGGAUAAAUAAAAUCUUAAGAAUUCCCAAAUU